CCACUCUCCGCUUCACUCCACUGCGUCGCCAGCUCACCACCGUACGUUUCUCUCGAGCUUCGGACAACGGUCGAAAAAUAUCGAAUCGGAAGCGUGCGCGAAUGCGCCCCUUAUUAGGGUUCCGAGAAGAAGAAGAAGAAGAAAAAGAAGAAGAAGAAGCAGUAGUAACUAAAAGCUUCGAAGCUUCUCCUUAAGCUUCUUUAAUGGCGAUGGGGGUCGCUGUUGCGGUGCCGAUCCUCCUCUUCUCGCUCUUCGUUGGGCUCUCGGAAUGUAGCAAAAUUGGGGUUUGUUACGGGCGCAAUGCCGACGACCUUCCGACCCCGGACAAGGUCGCCCAAUUGGUCCAACAGCACUCCAUCAAAUACGUCAGAAUCUACGACUCGAACAUCCAGGUCAUCAAGGCCUUCGCCAACACCGGCGUGGAGCUCAUGGUCGGCGUCCCAAACUCCGACCUCCUCCCUUUCGCUCAGUACCAAUCGAACGUCGACACUUGGCUUAAAAACAGCAUCCUCCCUUACUACCCUGCCGCCGCGAUCACCUACAUCACCGUGGGCGCCGAAGUGACCGAAAGCCCGAAUAAUGUAUCCGCCCUCGUCGUCCCGGCGAUGACUAAUGUUCUCACGGCUUUAAAGAAAGUUGGGCUGCAUAAGAGAAUCAGAGUCUCGAGCACUCAUUCGCUGGGAAUUCUUUCUCGGUCGUUCCCGCCUUCUGCCGGAGCCUUUAAUAGUAGCUACGCGUAUUUUCUUAAGCCCAUGUUGGAGUUCCUCGUGGAGAAUCAAUCCCCUUUCAUGGUGGAUAUUUAUCCCUAUUAUGCCUAUAGAGACUCGCCUAGCAAUGUUUCCUUAAGCUAUGCGUUGUUCUCGCCGACGGCUCCGAAUGUCAUCGAUCCCAAUACGGGAUUGGUUUACACGAACUUGUUCGAUGCCCAAUUGGAUUCCAUCUUCUUCGCACUCAUGGCGCUAAACUUCAAGACUCUGAAGAUUAUGGUCACGGAAACCGGGUGGCCCAGUAAGGGUGCGGCUAGAGAGACAGCGGCGACCGCAGAUAAUGCACAAACUUACAACACUAAUCUGAUACGCCAUGUGAUUAAUGACACGGGAACUCCCGCAAAGCCUGGGGAGGAGAUCGACGUCUACUUAUUUUCACUGUUCAAUGAGAAUAGGAAACCCGGGAUGGAAUCCGAGAGGAAUUGGGGGCUAUUUUACCCUGACCAGACUAGUGUGUACAGUCUCGAUUGGACGGGUAAAGGAAAUGUGGAUAUCGCGACAGGGGCCAAUAUUACGAGUUCGAACGAGACGUGGUGUGUGGCUUCAAGUAAUGCCUCGGAGGCAGAUUUGCAGAAUGCGUUGAAUUGGGCUUGUGGGUCUGGGAAUGUUGAUUGCUCUCCUAUUCAGCCGAGCCAGCCUUGUUACCAGCCUGAUACUUUGGCUUCUCACGCCUCCUACGCUUUUAAUAGCUAUUACCAGCAGAAUGGGGCGACUGAUGUGGCUUGUAGCUUUGGUGGUGCGGGAGUGAGAACUACGAAAGACCCAAGUUAUGAUUCUUGCAUCUAUCUAACUUCUGGCAAAAUGAGCAGCGCGAAUUCUACAGCUUCCCCUGUUUCGUCAAGAGCGCAAGGCUCUACCGCAUCGCAACUAGUCAAAGGCCUAAUCGCCACGUUGCCCCUUUGCGUUCUUGCUAUUCUCCGUAACGUCUUCUAAAAGACCAUCAUGGGCUUCGGAAGCUACUCGAUUUAUGAGCUUUUCCACCGAGCAAAAUGUAUGAAAAAGAUGGCCGUAAAGAAUUUUGUCCUUGCGGGUGCGGUAUAUUGUAAUAUUUUCUGGGUAAUUUAUAAUGUAUGUACAUUCAUCUCGAACUGCGCGGUAUUUGGCACUAGUUAUUAAUUGUAGAUCUAUUGAUGUUCCUUCAACAUGUGCUAUCUUAGUAUUACAUAUGUCCGUGAUGAUGCCAAGUUUUUUUGAA